CAGUGAUGCUCUGUAGAAUAAACCAGGAUUUCCCUUUUGAGCAGUUUCUAGUGUGCGUACAGAAGCUUUAGCUGUAGGGCCUCUCCCUUUGGGACAUGAGAUAAUACUCUUUUUCAGUAAACCCUUUUUGAGCUGAAAAUGUCAUCCUUCCUUCAUCUUACUCAACAAAUGCAUGGCAGAGCUGUUGAGUGGAGCUGGGGAAAGCUGGAUCUGCUUUGCCAUCGGUUGGUCUCUUUGAAGGAGAAGGUAUGAGCUGUGAAGUUCCUAUGGGGUUUGAGCUGUCUAACAAGCAUUCAAUUUAUUUUUAAGCUGUGUGAACACAGGCACACUCUCCUUUUCUGUCCCUGCCUGACUGUUCCAAAAAUCCUUGUAGAUGCUGGUAAAUGUUUGAGCCCUCUAAGUCUCUGUAAAAGCUGGUGGUGAAAUAUGGGCUGCUGGAGAGCUGGGCAGACAUGCACUAUUUGCCCAUACAAACCUGGCAUCAGGAUGUCAAAUAGAAGUCUUGGGAUUAAAUUUGUAAAGCCUUGGUUUUCUACUGCUCUCCUCUUGAUAACCAAAUUAGCUGUUUUAUUCCUGAGUCCUACGGUUUAUUCUCUCCAUUUCCAAGUAUUGCUUUGGAUGAAGUUGUCUUUAAUUCAAAAAGGGAAACCUGAAGCUGUCUGCUUCAUUGUGAACAGGCUGCUGUUUGGGAUCACCUUUUGGGGAUCAGUUUGGCAACUGUUGCCCUGCUCCUUCCUUGCAAAUAUUUCAGAGGCAAUUCUUCCAUAAUUCCUUGUAGUUCCAAGAAUUUUUCCUUCUUUCUUCCUGCUUGUGUCUCUGUAGUCAUCUCUCCUCUGGUCAGGAUUCAUCACUUCCUCGAGAAAUAAGCCUGGCGUUCUUUGGGUUUCCCUCGAGGAAAAACAAAAAACAGUUGUAGCAGAGCUAACAAACCAUCUCGCAAAGCAGUAAGUGCAUUUCUCUGUAAUUCUUGCACUCGUUACGUGUAUAAUAAUUUUUUCAAGUAGCCUCAGGCAGUGGAUGACUGUUAUUUUUCAUCUGUCCAGCACUGAAGUGAUGAUGCGCUUUGAGAAGUGCCUCAGCUGAGACCUAAGGAACGAUGUAUUUCCAGCUGGAGAUGCAGAAUUUUCUCCUGUGUGUGUCUACAGUUCAGUUGUUCCUUAUGUUUCUUCCCUGCUUGCUGGGGCUGCCCAGCAGGGCAUGAAUGAGAGCCUCUCUUCAUGACUGCCUGCUGCUCCCCCUCCUGCUCCCACCUCCUUGCAAAGCCUUCUCUUUCCUCUGGGCUCAGCCCCUCUUGCCUGUGCUCCUGAGCACUGCCCCUCCAGUGGGAGCUGCAGGUUUAUCUGGAGGCGAGAAGUCUCAUUUGUAAGCCAAGAUCCAGGGGGAGAGAAACGGUUUGGCUGCCCAGGAGUAAAAAGGAGAGACACAGCCUGGGCACGAUGACUGUAUUCCCCACUCUUGGGCUUCUCGUCCUUUGUCAGCUAUUAGCCGCAACGUCAGCUCAGAGAGUAGGACCACAAGGCCCUCCUGGACCCCGAGGACCCCCUGGACCAUCUGGCAAGGACGGCAUAGAUGGUGAGCCGGGCCCUCCUGGUUUGCCAGGCCCACCAGGACCAAAGGGUGCACCAGGAAAGCCUGGAGCAGCUGGUGAAGCUGGGCUGCCUGGCCUUCCUGGAGUAGACGGUUUAACGGGAACUGAUGGCCCUCCUGGCCCAAAUGGGCCUCCAGGAGACCGUGGUGCAUUAGGACCUUCUGGGCCUCCUGGACCAGCUGGUAAAGGACUACCAGGACCUCCAGGGCCUCCAGGACCCAGUGGACUUCCAGGUGGAAAUGGAUUUCGGGGUCCUCCUGGGCCUUCUGGUCUGCCAGGAUUCCCAGGGCCUCCUGGGCCACCCGGACCUCCCGGUCUUGCAGGCAUCAUUCCCGAAGGCGGUGGGGACCUUCAGUGCCCAGCUCUGUGCCCACCGGGUCCUCCUGGUCCUCCAGGAAUGCCAGGCUUCAAGGGACACACUGGUCACAAAGGAGAACCUGGUGAAAUAGGCAAAGAAGGAGAGAAGGGCAGCCCUGGCCCUCCAGGUCCUCCAGGCAUCCCUGGCAGCGUUGGCCUGCAGGGCCCAAGAGGACUAAGAGGUGUCCCUGGUCCAAUGGGUCCAGCUGGUGACAGAGGUGACAUCGGUUUCAGAGGGCCGCCUGGAAUCCCAGGACCUCCGGGCAGAGCUGGAGACCAAGGAAUCAAAGGACCUCAAGGAUUCAGAGGGCCCAAAGGCGAUACUGGUAGACCCGGGCCAAAAGGAAACCCAGGGGCUCGUGGGCUCAUAGGAGAACCUGGCAUACCUGGCAAGGAUGGACGGGACGGGGCUCCUGGACUCGAUGGUGAGAAGGGUGAUGCAGCUCGUAUGGGGGUUCCUGGAGAGAAGGGGCCAAACGGACUUCCUGGACUGCCUGGAAGAGCAGGGAUUAAAGGCUCUAAAGGUGAACCAGGCAGUCCUGGAGAGAUGGGAGAGGCAGGUCCCUCUGGAGAGCCAGGUAUCCCCGGCGAUGUUGGUAUUCCUGGUGAUAGAGGUCUGCCGGGACCCAGAGGAGCAACUGGCCCCGUUGGUCUCCCAGGCCCCAUUGGAGCCCCUGGUGUCCGAGGCUUCCAGGGUCCUAAAGGUGCCAGUGGGGAACCUGGCCUUCCUGGUCCAACUGGAAUUCGUGGAGAGUCUGGCGACAGGGGUCCUACUGGUGUUAUUGGUGCCAAAGGUAACCAGGGCAUUGCUGGAGCAGACGGUCUCCCGGGUGACAAAGGAGAACUGGGUCCCUUUGGUCCUCCUGGCCAAAAAGGAGAGCCAGGAAAAAGAGGAGAACUGGGUCCAAAAGGUGCUCAAGGCCCCAAUGGGACAGCUGGAGCUCCAGGGAUCCCAGGACACCCAGGGCCCAUGGGCCAUCAGGGGGAGCAGGGUGUUCCUGGCAUCACAGGCAAACCAGGGCCUCCUGGCAAAGAGGCCAGUGAACAGCAUAUAAGAGAACUCUGUGGGGAAAUGAUAAACGAUCAAAUUGCACAGUUAGCUGCUAAUCUGAGGAAGCCUUUAGCUCCUGGGAUGACGGGGCGCCCUGGCCCUGCUGGUCCACCAGGUCCUCCAGGAGCUAGAGGAAGCGUUGGCCAUCCUGGUGCUCGUGGUCCCCCUGGGUACAGAGGGCCAACAGGAGAGCUUGGUGAUCCUGGUCCCAGAGGUGACACUGGUGAAAAGGGAGAUAAAGGACCGGCUGGACAAGGAAUUGAUGGGCCUGAUGGUGAUCAGGGACCUCAAGGACUUCCUGGUGUACCUGGAAUCAGUAAGAACGGGAGGGAUGGAGCUCAGGGUGAACCCGGCCUUCCAGGGGAUCCUGGUACUCCUGGUGCUGUUGGGGCUCAGGGAACUCCAGGCAUCUGUGACACAUCAGCCUGCAUGGGAGCUGUUGGAGCAUCGACUUCCAAAAAGUCAUAAAGCAGUACAAGAAGUGGAGAAGUGACUGAAUAUUUAAAUAAACAGUGCAUUGUAAGAAAACAGACAAAUCUUCCUAGUGAUAAAUGGACACGUGUUUCUUCUGUUAUUUUAAGUGGAGACUUUGACACAGUAAUUCAGUUGUAUGAAAAAAGAAAGCAUCAGAUGAAAACCGUAACUAAAGAUGCUUUAUGAGCAUUUUUUUCCUCCUCCCUCAAUACUUUUCCAGAAUUUUCACUUCUAAAUCACCUCACCUUCUUCCUUGCCUCCCUGUGUUGAAGAGACCUGCAAGAGGAAGUGGUCCUUUUUACCAUCAUCUCCAAGCUGUACUAGUGCAGCUUUUCUGUACAAACGUUUGAGCCUUUGUCAAUUGAAUUCCUCAGUGCUGCUCCACUGACUUCAGCCAUGCAGGUUUGUGCACUAACAUCCACGUUGUUCAGGUUUCAGGCACCUAACUGCUGCUUACAGCAGUGGAAAUAAGGCAUUUAAGCAUCCAGUACUGUAACACCUUAACACUCUGUGCUAAGACCAUAGCUGAGGUAUGUGCUGCCUAUUGCCAGUAUUCAGACUGCACCUCAGAUAUUUGCCCAGCCUAAUAAUUACUAAGCCUCUUGCAAUCCAAUUCUGCAAAAGGUGUAAUGUAUAUAUUUUAAUUUACAGGGGAGAGUUUUUGUAUUUCCAUAUGAUAACAAAGGAAGUUAACAGCAUUUUCAUGUCCUCAACUUAAGCUAUUUGCACAGUAAUCGUGAAAGGAACCCCAAGUAAGGAAGGAUGCUCUUCUAAAGUUCAGCCAGAAAAGACUUGUAUGAACUGUUGUAAAAAUAAAAGGAGAUUUUUUUUUUAA